AUGUCUUGCCCUAACAACUGUGACGCUCUGCCUUCGGGAACAAAGCGCAUACAGAAGUGGACAUUCACAGAAACGCCAGAUACUAUCAAACGCCACAUGCCUAUCGUCGAUGGCAAGUAUCAUGAUCCAGAUACAUGGGAGGUUAAAGAGAUUGCCCCCGGGCAACAGUGUAUUGCCGGUCCACCCGUGAUUGACCAAUACUGGCAUAACUUGAUCGCCGGCCCCCAUGACCAGUUCAAAGCCUUGAGAGCGAGCUUUUGCAAGGACACCACUGAGUUCUUAAUUCGCCUAGGUGAAUUUCUGAAGCUGGAACAGUGCAAGAUUCACUCCGUCAAUGCUGCUGAGUUUUCUGUCACUGUCAUCAUCGAAACAACACGAAAGCGACACGAAAUAACCGAUGCUAUGAUAGCCUCCCGCUUAUUGAAUACGUUCGAUUGA